AUGAAGCAACCGUUGGUAUUCCAACCAGGAGAAUCAUGGGAGUAUGGUAUCGGCAUCGACUGGGCCGGCAUUGCUCUGGAGCGGGCUUCCAACACGAAGCUCAACGACUAUAUCCAGGUCAACGUUUGUCAGCCGCUCAACUUGCGUAGCGUCAACAUGGUUCCGACCCUGGAGAUGAAGAAGGGAUUGGCUUAUAUGCACUCCAGAGAGCGUGGAGGCAACAUCAGCGCUCGGAAACACCCUCUUCAUCUUCCGCUGGUUGUUAAGUCGGAAUUGGAGAACCACGCUUGCUUUAAAAGUGGUGGCGCUGGAAUAUUUGCAAACCCUCGAGAAUACACCCGCAUAUUAGCGGUCUUUUUGAACGACGGCACCUGUCCGCUCACGAAAGCUCGAAUCUUAAAGAAAGAAACGGUUAACGAGAUGUUCACGGACCAGAUUCCGGAUGUUCCUGGCUCUGCCGAGAGCGGUGUUCAAGGCGUCAAAACCAAGUUGGGCAACAUGCUUCCUGAGCUCUCUGCAGUUCUCGGUGGCUCGCCCCGAGGAUGGGGCUUGACGUUCAUGAUCUCAGGCGGCAAGACUGGGCGAUCGAAUGGAACCGCCUGGUGGGUGGGGCUGCCGAGUUUAUUCUGGUGGUGUGACAGAGAGAACGGUGUUGCUGGGAUGAUCUGUUCUCACAUUUUGCCGUUUGGCGAUCGAGCAGUUGUCGAACUUUGGUUUAAAGUAGAAACCACGGUCUAUGGGGGACUUCGUGCUACAGUCGAGGAUGGACUUCCGUUGUGA